AUGGACAUGGACACUACCAACUCAACCCCGACCCCCGCUGCCCCCUUCACCGGUCAUCCGGAACGCCGUGUCGCAGCGCGCACUUCAGUGCCUAUGCGCCCGGGAGCGAAGAUGCGCCAGGAGCGCCGCGAGACGCGCCGCCGACUCGAGAGGACGGUUUCCAACGAGAACUUGGCGAACUUGGUUGAGGAUCAGAUGCUCAAGGCUGAGCCGAUGCAGAGCGUCGAAGAACCCACCCCGCGCCCGGUUGAAGUCCCGCGUCCGAUCCUCAAGGCUACGCCCGCCGUGCCGAAGGCAGCUGCUCCGGCCUACCGCGGUCCCCCGGUCAUGGUGAGUCUCCUUCCAAACUCUUGUCAACCAAUACUCACCGCCUCCGAGCCUGCGGCAGCCCCCACCUACAUCCCACGCCCCGACCCACACGUGAUCCCGCCGUUCUGCUUCGACAAGCUCUCCGAUCUGCGCAACCCGCUCCUGAACCAGACGCUCCCGCGCUACCGCCCGCACACGUACCAGAUGCCGCAGCCGUGCGCGAAACCGACCGCGGAGUCGCAGGCGCUACUCGUCGCGCGCGCGCGCCGCCAGGCGGACGUGCCGAUUUAUCGCAGCCAUGCGGAGAUUUGCGCGGAGCGCCAGAUCUCGAUGUGCAUCGUCACUUCCCCAGAUGACGAUUAG